CAGCCUGACACGUCUGCAUUGAGUGAGUGGUAUUGGCACGCUGUCAAUCGCUCACCAACGCGGCCAUCAAACAACAUAAAACACACACAGUCAGAGAGUUACGCUCAUAAAUUUCAGUAGGCAGAUAUUUUUGCGCAUUGCUUUACAGCGCGCAAUUAAUUUUUUGCAAUUCCUUUUUCCUCAUCUUUUCCCUAAAGAAGCUCUAAACUUUUGAUUGUUGUUGACUUUACCGUUUUAAACGCUUUUUUAAAAAUUGUUUUUUUUUUUUUGUUUUAGUUUUUUUGUGUGCAAUGUCUAAUUUGUAGAUACUGUACAUUUUAUUUCCCUUUAGCUUUGCAGGUCUCGCAUCCUGCUGAUUUAAUGAGGAUUUGGACAAGUUUACAAGAAGAUUUGCACUGGAGAGAAAAGAAUUGCUAGAAGAUUACAAACAUAUUAAAAAAAAGCUGCGAGGAGCAAAGAAAAAAAAGAAAUUGCACUCCCAUUCCAAGGCGGCAAAACCAUUUAAAAUUAAGUGAAACCUGCAAGACGAUUUUUCGACAGGAUCAAAGACAAGAGUGUCGUCUUGUUACAGAAGAAGAAAGCGCGAGAAAUUAAGUAAAGCUUCAGCUUCAACUUGCUCUGUUGCGAACAUUUAUUUCUCCAUCCCUUCACCGAUAUUCUGGAGGAAAAAAAAAGGAAAAUCGAAGAAUCUGACUACAGGGCACGCGAUUGCUAAUACUGGUUUCCAUCUCCUUUUUUGUGUGUUUUCGUUUUCUUGCGUUGCCGCACACAAAACCCUUUUUUUUGGUUGUUGUUGUUGUUGUAUGUGAUUCUCCAGGACCACUUCGCUUUUGUGUGGUGUGUUAGAACAUUGAUUGUGUUGCGGCAGAGUAUGGACGAGCAGACCCGGAUGAUGCAGACCCUUGCCGGUGUAAACCUGGCUGGUCACUCGGUACAAGGAGGAAUGGCUUUGCCUCCACCCCACGGACACGAUGGGACAGACGGAGACGGGAGGAAACAGGACAUCGGUGACAUCCUGCAUCAGAUCAUGACCAUCACAGACCAAAGCCUGGAUGAGGCGCAAGCAAAGAAACACGGACUGAACUGUCACAGAAUGAAGCCGGCGCUCUUCAGUGUGCUUUGUGAAAUUAAAGAAAAAACCGGUCUCAGUAUUCGAGGGGCACAAGAAGAGGACCCUCCAGAUCCACAGCUCAUGCGGCUGGACAACAUGCUGCUGGCAGAAGGUGUGUCGGGACCAGAAAAGGGUGGCGGAUCAGCGGCAGCGGCGGCCGCGGCGGCAGCUUCAGGAGGGGCCACAGACAACUCCAUCGAGCACUCCGAUUACCGAGCGAAACUCACACAGAUCCGACAAAUCUACCACACGGAGCUGGAGAAAUAUGAGCAGGCAUGCAAUGAGUUCACGACCCACGUGAUGAACUUACUGAGGGAGCAGAGUCGGACACGUCCCAUUUCACCGAAGGAGAUUGAGAGGAUGGUCAGCAUCAUUCAUCGCAAAUUCAGUUCUAUCCAGAUGCAGCUCAAGCAAAGCACCUGUGAAGCAGUCAUGAUUUUACGCUCCAGAUUUCUUGAUGCACGGAGAAAGAGACGCAAUUUCAGCAAACAGGCGACGGAAAUUUUGAACGAGUAUUUCUACUCACACCUCAGCAAUCCUUACCCCAGUGAAGAAGCCAAAGAAGAGCUGGCCAAAAAGUGCAGCAUCACGGUGUCGCAGGGAAUGGGCAUCUCCAUCACAGUGUCACAGGUAUCAAACUGGUUUGGGAACAAGAGAAUAAGGUACAAGAAAAACAUCGGAAAGUUCCAAGAAGAAGCAAACCUGUAUGCUGCCAAAACGGCGGUAACGGCCGCGCAUGCGGCGGCCGCUGCGGUCCAGAACAGCCAAACCAACUCGCCAACGACACCAAACUCCGGUUCUUCUGGUUCUUUUAACAUCCCAAAUACUGGGGACAUGUUCUUGAGCAUGCAGAGUCUGAAUGGGGAUUCUUACCAGGGGUCCCAAGUCGGAGCCAAUGUGCAGUCGCAGGUGGAUACCCUGCGUCAUGUUAUCAAUCAGACGGCAGGCUACAAUGAUGGUCUAGGAGGGAAUUCGCUAUAUAGUCCACACGGCUUAAAUGCCAAUGGUGGAUGGCAAGAUGCGACCACUCCUUCGUCCGUGACGUCCCCGACAGAAGGCCCUGGAAGCGUCCACUCUGAUACCUCUAACUGAUCUCUUUUUACAUGCAUCCAUUCCCUAAGCUGACCAGGCUUUGAACAGCACUGACUGAGUGACCAAUUGGAAACGAUGAAUGGAUUGUCUUGGAGCCAAUCGCCUGGCUGCGUUUUACUGUAAAACCCCUUCCCCUCCCGACCUGCCCCCCAUCCUUUUGAACCCAUUAUGGUGCUCCAGUGCCCUCCCCAUCACUUUUCGGAUACUCCCAAUCUCAUCCAUCCAGUUCUGGGACACCGCUGGACGUGAGCCACACUGCCAGACCGAAGUGGACUCGACGCUGUCCUCCCGCCGGCCCCCACUGUGCUAACCGUGCCGUCAUUUGUAACAAUGGACUCCCUCGGUGAUGGCGCACCUCCUUUUUAUUUGUGUGGGACGCUUCGCGGACUUGGACUUAGGCUGGUGUCACUGGUCUGGAGGGUCUCACCCGAUUGAUCUGUUGAGCUUUAUGCCACCCCACCCAUAUAUAUUGUGUUGGGGUGGGGUGGGGGGACACCACUUUUGUAAAGCAGAGUUCCUCGUUUUUAUUGUUCUGGCUGAACUUGUACCGCGUCGUGACAACGGUUCCUGAAGGUGGGCUAGGUGGGGGUUUGGGGGGUGGGGGUUGUAGGGUGGGUUUUGGUGGGAGCCCCGGGUUUUACAGUAAGCGCAGUGAGCCGCCGGCACAGCAGGCCCACCCGCCUUGGGAUGUCUUCUUCUUCUUCUUGUUGUAUAUAAUGUAGCUAAAGAGUAUUUAUACAUUUCACCAAUCAGAACGCAGCUUUAUUACCUCAUGCAAACUCAUAAACCAAUAGAAUUUCGACAUAGCUAGAGUGUUCACUUACUACCUCUGAACAAGACCACACCUUAGCGUCGUUUCUUUCUAAUCUUUUAUUUUGCAUCUUGUAAUAAACUUCUUUGUUUUCCCUCCAUGUAAUCUAAUGUAUAUUUUAAUCUUUUAAAGACGAUGUAGAGUUGCACAGUGCAACCUUUAAAAAAACGAGCUGAAAAUAAAAAUCACAAGAAUAGUGGCAGAAAAUUCGGGCGUAAAUUAACAAAAGACAGUGAGACUGUUGUAAAUACUGACGAACAUUUUGAAUGUUGCUCAUCUUGUUACUAAUCCACGCGAAAAAAAUAAAUAAAAUAAAAUAAAAAUACAACGGACACGGCGAUUAAUCCUCGGAGCGGUCCUUGUCUGUCAUGCGUACAGGCUUCAGGAUGGAGUCCUGUAUCUCUCAGGCCCUGUGUGACGGGGCGCUUUAUCUCAUUCGGUUUUGGGGAUUUUUAUUUUCUUCUUUUUGUUUUUUCUUGUUUUUUUUUUUUGUUUUGUUUUUGUUUAUUUUUUUAUUGUUUUUGUUUUGUAUUGUAUGCGAUUCUGAAACUGAAUAAGUCAUGAAAAGAUAAUUUGUGGCAGUGAUUCUAAUGUAUUCAAAUGUUUCGUGUUACUUUCGAAUUGGACUACACCUUGGAUUGACGAGUCUUCCUUGUGGUAGUUGUAUGUACUUUCAAACAUGAAUAAACAUUUUCUUU